UUUUUCAGCAUUCUUAUGUACUUGAUUAGGUUUUAUCAAAACUAUAAUAGAAAUAUAUGCCUUGUUUUUUUAGUAAGUGCCCUUGAAUGUUAUUCUUGCGAUGAGGAGAAUUGCAAAAAAGAAUCAAACCAUUGGCAAACAGUCAAAUGCGAUAAACCCGCUGACCAGAACCAAGAACCUGUUUGUCAAAAACUAACCUACAAAAGCAGAGGAGGUAUAGAACAGAUCCAAAGAAAAUGUGCAUUUGCUCUGAAAAACCAAGACGCUCCAUGCCCCGCUAUUUUACAUCAAAAUGAAGCAACUGAGCUAAAGUGCCCAACAUGCAAAACUAAUCUUUGCAACUCAGCUAUCACUAUCAACUUCAGUCUAACAGCAUUGUCUGCAACAAUCUUUGCUAUCUUAGGUCGAAAACUCUUAAUGUAAAACAUACUUUUUAUAAUUUUUAAAGUACCUAGAUGUAUUUAUAUCUAAGUAACCAAAGUAUUUACAAACCAAAAAUUUUAAUGUUUUUGAUAAAUGUGUAUUGUGUAUUAUAAAUGCUAUUUUGCUACAUCGAUGCCUCAGAAGCCAAUCGAUGUAAGUCAAUAAGUGAUUAAAAUGAGAUACUAAGAUGUUUCUGAAUGUACUUGCAGAAAUAUAAGUAAUUAUUAAAAACAAAUAAACCGUCUUUAUUUAUCAUUAUAUGGGUAACACAUUUAUAAAUACAAACAAGGAAAUAAUAAUAUUAUUAUAUAUAAUAAUGUGUGUUAAACUUCAACAAGUAAUUUUUAGGGAGAAUUGCCUUACACCGUUUGACUUCUGAGGUAUCCACAUAUGUAUAUUGCCCAAAAAUUUAUAUUGAUAACAGAUGCGCUUAUUUAGAAAACAGUAUUAGUAGUAGCAUUUAGUGUUAAAAUUGAGUAUUAUUUGUCUAAUUCCUUAUUUUAAAUAAAUGUAAGUUUAGUUUAAUUUAAGGUUAGAACCCUGGAUGAAGAGUAGGUAUAUCUACUGGUCAAUUUAAUGAUUCCACUUCCUUUUUUUAUAUAUUUUUUGUUUUUUAUUUAUUAAUACCUAUGUAUGUAUCUAUGUGCGUGCAUUAUGUGAGCAUUUGUAGGUACAUAAUAUCCUUAUAUUUAAUAUUGUAGCAAUAUAUUAAAAUAUUUAUUAUCUAGGUAUCUGGCUGAACGGUACAUCGAACAAUCCAAAACCUUUAAAAAAGAGUAUGCGUAAUAAAUACAUAAUAGGCCUGGAUCCCGCGUAACAAAAAAAGUUUAUUAAUAGCAAGCUGAAAAUUUGUUAAUAGCUUAACGGUAUCUAAUCGACAAACUUUGAUGUACGGGAACACUGGAACAGGGGAAGUUUUAAUUGUGGAACAGGUUAAAAAUUUGGAACGUCAGACUACGAAAACGUCCCAUGUAUUUUGUCGGACAGAACUUCCAAUUGAUUUGUUACCCUUUCAUUAAAUUCUUAUGCAAAAAUCAGACUGGUAUUUAUCACCAACAUAAUUCCUGUCAUUUGACAUGUUCUACGUGUCGGACUUAUUAAAAUGUCAAACAUAUUUGUCGGACAAAUAUUUUUUAUAUAAAAUUAUAUAACAGCCAACUUUAUAUAUUAUAUAAAGUUGGCUAUUGCAUAAUAAAGUUGGCUAUUGAAUAAACUUAAAAACAACCUGCUAGUUUUCACAAUCAUAAACUUGUCAGGAUGACACGUUCCACAAUUAAAACUUCCCCUGUUCCAGUGUUCCCAUACAUCAAAGUUUGUCCGACUAGACACCGUUAAGCUAUUAACAAUUUUCCAGCUUGCUAUUAAUAAACUUUUUUGGUACGCGAGAUCCAGACCUAUACUGUCUUUGUAAAAUCUAUUAUGUAAAGUGAGAUUUUAUGAGACUGAAAGUAAGUUUUUAGAUCGAGUUUGUAUUUUCAUUGGCCAUUUUAUCAAAUCACAAAAUCAAACAAAUGUCAAAUUACAAAUCACACCUUUUAUUUUUCUUUGUAAAGUUAAACAUUCGGUGUAAUUAAUAAAUAUUGUUAAAAAAUUUAAAAUCUUCCGCAUUAUUAAUAUAGGUACCCCUAAAAGUAUAAUUUUGUAUAGAAAAAUAUCUUAAAAUGGCGAGUAAUAAAUGGCGUUCAAAAAAACAGACGUUACAUGACAUGGUAAAAUAUUUAUUUCGCACAAGUCUGAACAUCACAUCAAGUUAUUGAAAAUCAAGCAAAUACCAUUUCCUUAGACAAUUCUGACCUUCUGGUUCUUGGGUCAUCUUCCAACAAUAUUUUGUUGAAUUUUACUCAUCUUCCCCGUUAAACCUUCCAAGAUUUACAAGUAAAAUGAAUCGUUUUUAAAAACUCACUCUAGUCUUAUAGUUCUCACUAGUGACAAAGACCGUCUAUGAUGACCUAAUGGAUAGAGAUGAAUAUCUUAGUCGAAGUCAAUUCUUUAGAUGAUGGAUAUUAUACCUCUAAUCCUUGUUCAAAAUUCACAAAUAAAAUAAAUAUAUUUCUUAUUUAAA